UCUGAGCCGGGCUGCAGGGCCGCGCAGGUUUCACUUCGCUCCGCGCAGCCGCUGGGUCGUGAGCUUGUUGGAGUGCUGCGUCCCUUCUAGCAGCCGCUGCGCCGCCGGAUUCUUGCAGCCGCUCUGCGAGCCUUGCCCUACUGCGGUCAGCACCGCCUCGGGCCGCUCGGUUCGCCCCGCCCCCGUCCCCACCGCCUCGGCGUCUUUCCCCCUGGCUCUCGUCCCCCCAAUGUCUGACUCUGACUCUGGGACUGAGAAACGCAAGAAAAAAAGACCAAAUGGCAAAGCAACCUUCCGAUGCAAGUUCUGAGUGUGACAGAGAAGGUGGACAAUUGCAGCCUGCUGAGAGGCCUCCCCAGCUCAGGCCUGGGGCUCCUACCUCCCUACAGACAGAGCCGCCAGGUAAUCCUGAAGGCAGUCCCGCAGGCGAAGGGGAUCGCUGUCCCCACGGCAGCCCUCAGGGCCCGCUGGCCCCACCGGCCAGCCCUGGCCCUUUUGCUACCAGAUCCCCGCUUUUCAUCUUUGUGAGAAGAUCUUCCCUGCUGUCUCGAUCCUCCAGUGGGUAUUUCUCUUUUGACACAGACAGGAGCCCGGCACCCAUGAGUUGUGACAAAUCAACACAAACCCCAAGUCCUCCUUGCCAGGCCUUCAACCAUUAUCUCAGUGCAAUGGCUUCCAUGAGGCAGUCUCAGGUGGAACCCAUGGACAUGCGCCCAGAGAUUUGGAUCGCACAAGAGUUGCGACGUAUCGGAGACGAAUUCAAUGCAUAUUACCCAAGGAGGGUAUUUUUGAAUAAUUACCAAGGAGUGGAAGACCACCCCCAAAUGGUUAUCUUACGACUGUUACGUUACAUCAUCCGUCUGGUGUGGAGAAUGCAUUGACCAGGUCUCUGUGGAGUCAAGAUAAAUGCAGACAUUUCGCUUGUUCAAACCUACAAACCCCAGCACCGUAAUUGCUUGGUGCCAUUACUAUGCAGCCAGUGGUUCUUCCCCAGAGAGGCGUGUGCUGGGCAGGCAGUUUGCUCAGAAGACACUGCACCAUUGGAUGUGAACUUGACCUUUCUGUUCAUCACCACAGGCAGAAUUUCCUGGAAGUUUGUUGUGAAUGUAAAUGAGGGAGAGGAUUCUUCUCUUUUUAAUGUAUAAAUCAUGGUUCUUUGGAGCAGGAUUGUAUACAAGAAUGGUGUUUACAUGUGCUGUUUUAUUCUUUUCCAUCUCUAAUUAGAACAGGUUUUUUUGUUGUUGUUUCAGAAAGGAAAUGGAAACUUUUGUGAACAAUUUUUGUACUAAAAUUUUAAGAACCUAUUGCCUACCCUCAGAGAAUUAUGUAAGCCCUGCAGUGGAAACUGAGCCAGCUAAUUUGUAAAGCUGCCUUAGUUUAUUUUUAGAGAUUACUGUACAGGAUUUUUUAAACAGGGAGAGGUAUGGUAUAUUGCUCUCCCUUCCCUGCCAUUGCCUCUUUGAGCUUUUUUUUUCUUAAUUAUUAUUAAUACCAAAACAGUUCUUAUGAAAUGGAACAGAUUAAGGGGCAAGGUGUCUGUUGUUGCAUUGGUAAGCCACUCCCAUUUUGUAGAUAUUUAUUUACCUCCUUAAACUCAGUUGCAUUAGUGGCAAAACUUCAGACUGAUUUUCAUGUUUUCCCUGAUCUCUUUUCAUAACACACUCUCUGUCUGGAUGCUGAUACAUGGUUUGUCCAGGGUGUUUUCCUGAUGAGGUGCAUUCGUGUCAGAACACAUUCACGCCUGCCUGUAUAUUCACAGCUCGAUUGAUCUAUGAUUGACUAAUAGGAAGUACUCGGGCCUUCACUUUGUUUUGAUAACGUGUUUAGUAUUCUGAGAGCGGUGAUAAUGACAGGCUAAGCAUUAGAUCCUUUGUGCUGUCAGUUCUUCUGGUUGCUGGCUUUUACCUGGUAGUCACAGGCUGCAGGCUACACACUGCAUCAGUCCCAGGUGUGCCCUGUACAGCUAGGUACAGCUGCAGGCAUCCAAACUCAGCAGGGAGAGGGAACUUCCAGUGGCCAUUUUCCAGCUGGUUUUUAGUCCAGCUCAGCCCACCUGGCCUGUGAUAACAUGCACUUCAUCUCCACUCCUCAGCCCACUUUGUAACAGAGGCCGGCCUAUACUUUUAACAGUACCAUCGAAAAACUCCAUUGGACAGAGUCUGAAAUGUCCCUUAAGCCUUCUGAAAGAUGACUGCUUUGCUUUUCCCAUCUUUCUAAGAGAGUGGAUCUUAUCAGGCCACCCUGCCUCCACCUCCACAGGAGUGCUUCUUCACAGUUGCUGCCCCUUAGGACUGCACACACAUUCAUCAGUCAUUUCAAAAUCAGGCAGGGCUGAAGGUGCAGCUUAGUGGGGAGCACUUUUGACCAGCACCAGCAAGGCCCUGGGUUUGAGCCCCAGCAUCACCAAAAUCAAAACAACACAAAAGGAGGCAAACAACUGGGAAGACCCAAGAAAAACAGGUGAGAGGACAGCAAAAGAGGGAGAAAAGGAGUCUGUGAACCAUGUAAUUUGCAAUGUUUGAAAACUGCAAUCAUUAAACAACUUUUUAAAAGAAAUAUAUGAGAUUUCAAGCAACUUGGCAGUGCCAACAACAGUUGUAUUUGCUUUUGCCCAUAGAGGACCAUUGU